GGCGCCUCUCAGACUGGGCUGGGCUAGGUGACAGCGCGCCCCUCCCUUGCCUUCCUGGUCCCAGCCUGGCGCUUCUGCAGGAAGCUAAAGCUUCGCGUGGCCGAAGGAGCUGGCGAUUGCAGCAUCUGCUCCCAGAGUGUCCAUCACCCACCAUGCGGCCUCUAGUCUUGCUGUGGAGCUGCCUCGUGCUCCCAGGCUAUGAAGCGCUGAAGGGCCCAAGGGAGAUCAGUGGAUUUGAAGGUGACAGUGUGUCCCUGCAGUGCACCUAUGAGAAGAAGGUGAGGACACACAGGAAGUACUGGUGCCGAGAGGGUGGCUUCAUGCUGUCCCGAUGCUCUGACAUUGUCUACUCCAGUCAAAACCAGGAGGUGGCACGGGGCAGGAUGUCCAUCCGAGACACCCCCCGAGAGCUCUCAAUGACCGUGACCAUGAGGGACCUCACCCUGGAGGAUUCGGGGAAGUACUGGUGCGGGAUUGACAGACUGGGUUUGGAUGAGUCUUUUGAAGUCUCUCUCACCGUCUUUCCAGGAAAAAGGGACAGUCCCAUCCCCACUGGCACCUGCUGUCCUUCUUCCCCCAACCCCUCCUCCCCGCCUCUUACAGCUACAAGGAGCCUGCAGCCCAAGGCGAAAGCCUGGCAGACUCGGGUCCCAGAACUGAUCGUCACAGCCAAGCAGGGGAAGACAGGGGUUAAGGCCCCUGUGUUCACUGAGGCGGCCCCACUGGCCGGGUCUGCAGGAACCUCCCAGGUUCUCCCAGGAACCUCUCCGUAUGCUGGGAGCUCUCCUCACACAGCGACCCCAGGCUCGUCUGCAGGAACCUCCCCUUCCCCAGGAACCUCUCCAUAUGCUGGGAGCUCUCCUCACACAGCGACCUCUCCUCAUGCAGGGAGCUCCCGCCCAGUUAUCUGGCCGUCCCCCACCACAGCAAAGGACUCCAAGGCCAGCAGUGUCUCCAAGUUCAGCGUGUCCAUCCCGAUGGUCCGCAUGAUGGCCCCAGUCUGGGUGCUCUUGUCCCUUCUGCUGGCUGCAGGUCUGAUUGCCUUCAGCAGCCACAUGCUCCAGUGGAGAAGGAAAGCUUGGCUGGCCACAGAGACACAGCGGAACGAGAAGGUUCACCUCCCGGCCUCGCUGCCAGGGAACAGCUGGGUACCUGAAGAUGCCAUGAUCAACCUUGCAGCGCCUCCUGAGUAUCUUGGUAACCCCAAGCUCUCUGCUGUGCUCUCCACAGAGACCCAGCACCUUGGCCAGACUACAGAGGAAGAGGCCACCCCUCCCCUGAACACCGAGGAGGACACGAUGGCAGCCCCUCCCCUGCAGAUAUCAGCAGAGGGACUGGCCUUCUCCGAGUUCAUCUCCGUGUGAUUGCAGACUGUCCUGUAGUCAGGCACUGUAAAGCUGAACGGCUGAGUUCGUAAGAAUUCCCAGGCUCUGCUCACACUCCAGGGCUCCCUUCUCGUGUGUCCCAGAAUAGAAAAGAAGAGUCUCUGAGCCCUGAAGCCCAGUGUGGUACUUAACAAGUCCAGCCAGAGGCCAGGACUGCCCCCAGCAUGUUCCAAUCCCUAGGAAGAGUGCACAGCUUCGGACCUUCACCAGGGUCUGGCAAGGCUCAGUAGAUGAGGGCUGAGUUUUUAUGGGCUCCAGGAAACUCCCCAGACACGGGUGCCCAGCAACCAUCCUGCCUCCCAUCCGGCCUCCCUUCCUUUACAUAUCCCAACUUCUCCCUCAACUCUCCUGCAUCAGGUGCUGUGGAGGAGACAACAUGUGUGUGUCUAUAAAACACCUGCAUCCUGACCCUUCAGAAAGCAAAACAGAAUUCUAAAGCCCCGUACCAAACCAUCUCUAGGGCAAGGCCCAGGACUUCACAGCUCUGGCAAGUGACCCAGGAUUGCUACACUUGGCCCGAUGGAUCCUCAGCUCCCUCUCACCUGGAGAGUCUUCCUUCCUUUUGUCUUUAACUGUGGGGUCCCCGACAUGCUCUCUAGAGCUCUGACCAUGACACCACAGCCCCAGCCGGAGCUUCCUGAUACCUUCCCGAACAGGUACACAACGGAGGUGACGGAGGCAGCCAGGCCAGGAUUGGCUCUUUCCAUUCUCCUUCCCCACGGCCCUGAAUCCUAGCGUUGGAAAGACAUUGGAGGAAGAGUUACUACUCCAUGAGCUCUGGAGGCUAGGGAAGCAGGAGGAAACCAGAGUGGGGAGAGGGGGGGAAGGCAACAGGAAGAAACUAGACUCUAGUACUGGAGGAUAAAUCCAGGCCAGCUAGAUGAGGGACAGAUAGCCGGGAUCAGCCAUUUUUUUCCAUUUUUCUAUUUUGUUUUGACAAAUGGUUCAGCAUAUAAAACAUAGAAAUAUAGGGAGAAAGACAAAAAACGGGAACAAUGUUUUUAAGGUCUCCUAGAAUCUCACCGAGCCCUGUUGACACCCUGGCCACGCUUAGCUGGAUCCCCUCGUUUCUCCUUCAUGUAUUUUUCAGUUGCCCAUUUCACAGAGGGGUUACCCCACCGUGCCCUUCACGCUGCCCUUGCUAUUCCCUCACAAGCGUCCCUCCGUGUCCUGCAAACCUUGUAUAAUAAACUGCUUCUCAGCUGAA